CCAACCAUUGACUAAUCAGUCCAAUGCUGUACGUUUUGUGUUGUGGUCGUUACGCCGACUCGCUUUCGUAACGGCGUCUUUUUCUUCGAUUGAUAAAUGAAAAUAUCGAUGUGCGUUAAUUUAAGUGAACGUUAUGACAAUUAUUUUUAAUAUGGAUACAUCAUGUGUAUUUUUGGAGACGUCCCGUUCUCGUUUUAUCUGUUGUUACUCAUUGUUCGUUUAGGGGAAUGCCAAACGUCUAAUCUUACUGGAUGCAAGCAAGAGCCAUUAUGCCUUAAGUGUGGUUCCGCCGGAUGCAUUAAAUGCCCCCACUUGAUAGUUUAUUCCACUCGAAAGUGCGUUGACAGCUGUCCUUCGGGGUACCAGAUUCAAUGGAGCAAGAGUUUGGAUUAUAUGGGACAAACGUGUACGCAAACCAGCACCUCCAUAGGUCUUUCACCUGCCAGCUUAUCAAUUCUAGUAGGGGUUCUUUGCGGAAUUAUUUUUAGUGUGUUUAUUGUGACUUUCGCCGUUUUUUAUCUAAGGCGUAAACGUAGCUAUCUACAUUACGUUAUCGAAACUAGUUCGGAUGUGGAUGAUUCGCCGGAAAAGCGGGACUUUAUCAAACAACUGGAACACUUUAGACCGUACGCCAGAACGUUCUUAGAAAUGUUAAACGAUACCAGAAGACAAGUCAGAGAGUUACAUUCUGAGGCUGAUAAUACGGCCGCCUCCGCGUAUAAACCGGUAAUAAGAGACUUGGCUAAAAUACUUUUACUUUUGAAUCGUCCCGUCGAAGUGCUUGCGGUUCCCGACGACUGGGAGCGUUUGCACAGGUGGGCCGAGAAGCUUCUGCGCAGACACGGACAAAUGGGCGACGUCUCCCAAAGUCAAGUGAACCAAUUGAUCAAAUUCCUACAGACGCCUUCAAUAUCAAAGGAUCCCGAAGAAUACUCGAGGGCCAGUACGACGUUGUCGACCUUUAAACCGGACCAAAACUACGGAUCCUCGCCCAGCUUAACAGGGCAACCAUUAAAGAAUUUUAGUGAUAGUGCGGAUAGCGGUAACUUCACAUCUCCCUUAAAUCCUCAGUGGCAGUUCAAUUAUCCGGUUAUGAGUAAUAAACAUUUUAAUUCCUCCCAGUUUAUACCAUCCCAGUGGAAAAGUAGUAGGGAGUACCUCAAUAAUCCGUAUCUCUUGGAGGACGACUUUCUUCAGCUGGGCUUUCGCCCACAAGACGAAAUUACAACCGAAUUAUGACGUCUUUUUUUCGUCGUACCGCUGCACUAGUCAUUCUUUACUUUAGUAAUUUAUGCAAGCAUGUAAUUUGUACAUUCUCAAAUUUUUGUAAAUAUUAAAGAGUACUGUGUAA